GUCCGGAGAUAGUUCGCAUUGUCGUCAUCGGCCGGCUCUAUUCGCCGCUUAUCUCCAUUCCCGAUUUUUCUCACUGAAUUUAUCAAUCCCAUCCACGCAUCCGACGUAGCAAGACACAAUGAACCCUUACUUAUCCUCGCGCUUCUUAGAACGCUUGAAUGGCUAGAGGGGCAGUACCUCCCUAUAUUUGCGCUUCGUGCGCUCGUAACCUGUUCAAUCGAAACAUCCAAUGCGCCACCCCAAUUCAACGAAGGAAAUAUGCAGCGAACAUUCACGGGGCUUCGGGAAACAUCACCUCUGAAAAUAAAUCUAAGGAAAAUAAAGAAUCCGAAAAUUUAGAAAACUCUUCCAAUGGCAACACCAAAUCUGAGUUGGGCCCAUUGGCCCGUCGUCUUGAAGCAGCGACAGAGGAGACCUUAUUCACUGGUGGGAGAGCAGGCCGACGAGCUGUAGAGGAUGCGGGUUUCUCGGACGAAUUGAAAGAACGUCUGUUAGCAAAAGUGAAGGAUGCAGAGUUUAGAUCGGAACAUGCAGCAGCUUUUGCUGAAGCUAAUAUGCCCUCCGAAGCUGGCGCAGGUACUCGUCUCACAGCUACUAGUCAACCAUGGACAGGCACCGAAAGCACAGAAGACGCCGUUUUACGAAUGCUCCAUGACGCACAUAAACCAUUAAAACGAGAAUUACGAAGCCGCCCCAAAAUACCUGAACUUCAACCAAUUGACAUGCGAAUUGGACAAGAGCGUAAAAUGAAGCCAGGGCAUAGAGCCGCCAAUGCCAGGGAUAAGGCUUCGAUGUACGCGAGUAUGGGCAUGAAAGAAGCAGGGGAGGGCCUCAGUGAGAAGGAGAGGGAGGAGAUGCGAAAAGAACUCCGCGACCGAUUUCGACCCGCCGCUCGAGCUAUGCCAAAUACAUUGUCUGGACUAGCUUCAUUGGCAAACGAGAGAAUCGAAGACGCCAUUGCAAGAGGACAAUUCAAAAAUAUUCCGAGAGGCAAGGGCAUUGAGCGGGACACGAGGAGUGAUAAUCCAUUUAUUGAUACGACUGAAUACAUCAUGAACAAGAUGAUCAAGCGUCAAGAGAUAGUACCGCCUUGGAUUGAGAAGCAGCAGGAAGUAGCGAAAGCGGCGCAUGUGUUUCGGGCACGGCUACGAGAUGACUGGAGGCGCCACGCUGCUCGGAUGAUUGCGAGCAAAGGUGGUCGCCUUGAGGAUCAGUUGCACCGAGCGCGACAAUAUGCGAAAGCCGAGCAAGUAUAUAACCCGCGAAAGCGUAACGUAGACCAGAUAGUGGUACCUACCAAUGUGACGGAUGAUCCAAUUAUGGCCAAGAUGCGAGAGCAGGCAUCCUUGGAAGAAGCGAAUUCCGAGACGGCCCCGGACACGGUUGAGAGUGGGGCGACAUCUCCAGACGAGCCCUUGCCACCUCCUUUCCGCGAUCCAGAUUGGCUAGCAACUGAACAAUCUUACAUGAAUCUCUCAAUUAGCCACUUGAACACACUCACUCGGUCAUACAACCUGAUGGCUCCGGAACUCGCGAAGAAGCCAUACUUUUCGCUCGAGCGAGAAUUAAAUAAUUGUUACGCCGACGUUGCGCCACAGCUGGCAGACAUCAUCAAGGACCGAGCUGCCAAGCCGUCUAGCAAGUCACUGUUGGGCGGCAACCACACUACCACCAGCAUCUUGGAUCGUUUUGGAAAUAGUAGUCAUACUGCGAAAGUGUAUGACUCGAAAGCGCCUCAUUAUGGGUUUAAAGAGAUGUGGCGGGAUCUUUGGAGCCGUAACUGAUUCUUGACUCCUGAUGAAUGAACGGGGUUUUUUGUUAAUGCAUAUUGAUUCCUGGUGAUGAAUGAAUUCAAACACGAAGAGUUAGUUGCCCAUGCAUUACAUGUAAAUUAAAGAUAAAUGAAUCAGGUCUUUAAAUAAAAUAUUAAAAACUGA